GCAGGUAAUUCUUCUGAUUAUAAAUAUCGCAAUUACACUGCAAAUCUCAAUAUUUUAAUCGUGAUACAGAUGAACGGGAAUUCACCUAAGAAGUCUCUAUAGUUUUUCCUGCCGACACUUAAUUCUCUAAUCAAACGGCAGUCCGCUACCCGGCUAUUCAAAUCAUCAGGGCGCGACAAGCUCCGUUGGUAUAUGCAUUCGGCAGCGCUAGACAGCGGAAAGCGGCUUCAACGCUAUCUAGUGGUAGCGCGCUAGUAGAUCAGGCGGUCAGCGAACGACAAUAAAGAUCAAGAGAAAAAAAAAAAGAGACGUGUAAACUCCGCGGGAGGAGCGAGAGGCGAAGUUGAUACGCGCGGAGUUGAUACGUGUGUAUGUGCAAGUCGAGUCGAGCCGGAAUCUCUGGGUUGUUUUGAGCGAUGCACUGAGUCGCAUCCUUCACGACGGUUCUCCGUCCUUCGUCCAGUCUUCGUCGGAGUCGGCGAGACGUCCGGAGCGAGAAGGCCGCGCGAAUUGACAGUGUGCACUCCCCGUCCGAUCUUCGCUGACGGCGCGACCGCUCGACCCGGGUGUACACGAUAUGAUGACAUUCAGCAUAUAAAUGUUGCCGAAGGAGGAAGCAAAGAUCAGCACCAUGACUGAAGGUGCAGAGACUCAGCCAAAUGCAGGAAAUGAACCCCAGACAGAAGCCUUAGAACCAAGGACAACACAUAGUGAUGGAUUACAUGAUGGAACAAUGGAAUCAACAUCGCAAGCUGCUCUUGAACCUAUGCAAGAGCUUCUUACAGUUCAUGGAGCUACGCAAGGAGAAAGCAGCGAUGCUGUCAGUAUUUACACUGCCAGUACUUCGGUGUCUGGUAAUGAGUCAAGUUCAAGUAGAAUCAGCGCGAUAACUGUAGUUUUACCUUGGGGUGCUCAAAAAGAGACAGUGAAGCCUCAACAAAUAGAAGAUAUGGAUCUAAGACCAGGAGAAUACGUGAUGCGUAUCCUGUUUGCAGAAUUUACUUCACAAGCAGAAAAAAAGAUGGAAGCCGUUAUGACAGAACAUGAAAAACAAUUAUCAAAAGUAUUACAAAGAGGAGAAGAUCCACAAUUUGAUCAACUAUUAUCAGCUUUCGGUUCUGUUGCCGAACAUUGUUUACCGUCAAUAUUGAAAGCUCUUUUUAAUUGGUAUGAACGUCAGCUUGUAGAUCAAGGUGGCGAUCAAAAAAAACCUGCUCCUGGAAAGGAAGACCAAAAGGGAAAAAGCAUUAUGUAUACAAUAGUGUCAGGAAGUGUAGAAACAGUGGAAAGAAGCGAAGCAGACCUCUUGCAAGAGCGUAGAGAUCUCGCAGUUGAAUUUAUAUUUUGUUUAAUGUUGAUCGAAGUUUUACGUCAAUUACCAUUUCAUCCUGGACAUGAGGAUUUAGUAACAUAUAUAGAAAAUAUCGCUUUUAAACAUUUUAAAUAUAGAGAAGGCAUACAAAAUGAACCAAACGCAGCUAAUAUUCACAUUAUCGCUGAUCUCUAUGCUGAAGUAAUAGGUGUUUUGGCGCAAUCCAGAUUUAUGUCAGUGAGAAAACGUUUUAUGGCAGAACUUAAAGAAUUACGAGCUAAAGAGCCAGGUCCUCAUACUACACAAAGUAUUAUUUCUUUACUAAUGGGAAUGAAAUUUUUCCGAGUUAAAAUGGUACCAAUAGAAGAGUUUGAGGCAUCUUUUCAAUUUAUGCAAGAGUGCGCUCAAUAUUUUUUAGAAGUGAAAGACAAAGAUGUUAAACAUGCUUUAGCUGGUCUUUUUGUUGAAAUACUUGUCCCUGUUGCUGCUGCUGUGAAAAAUGAAGUAAACGUACCAUGUUUGAAAAAUUUUGUAGAAAUGCUCUAUUCAACAACAUUGGACAUGUGUACAAAAUCUAAACAUAGACUGGCGCUCUUUCCAUUAGUAACUUGUCUGCUUUGCGUUAGUCAAAAAACAUUCUUUUUGCAAAACUGGCAUUAUUUUUUAGCUAUGUGUCUAUCUCAUUUGAAGAAUCGUGAUCCGAAGAUGUGUCGAGUUGCAUUAGAGGCUUUAUACCGUUUACUCUGGGUUUACAUGAUACGAAUCAAAUGCGAGAGCAAUUCAGCUACACAAAGCAGACUGCAGAGUAUAGUGAACUCGUUGUUUCCUAAAGGAUCGAAGGCGGUAGUACCGCGAGACACACCGCUGAACAUUUUUGUAAAGAUUAUUCAAUUUAUAGCGCAAGAAAGACUGGAUUUUGCAAUGCGUGAAAUAGUAUUUGACUUGCUAUCCGUCGGUCGACCAGUAAAAAUAAUUUUAACUCCCGAACGCAUGAGUAUCGGACUCCGAGCAUUCCUCGUUGUGGCCGAUAGUCUGCAACAGAAAGAGGGAGAACCACCUAUGCCGCGUACUAUGGGUGUUUUACCGAGUGGAAACACCAUGCGUGUUAAAAAGACGUACUUGAAUAAAAUGCUAACAGAGGACACCGCGCGAAGUAUAGGGAUGUCUUCAUAUUUUCCGCAUGUGCGACGGGUAUUUGUAGAUAUCUUGCGCGCAUUAGACGUUCAUUAUGGUAGACCUCUCAUGAUGACCAGCACUCAAAACAUGAACAAAGAGCCGGACGAAAUGAUCACCGGGGAACGUAAACCUCGAAUAGAUCUCUUUCGGACAUGCGUUGCUGCUGUUCCGCGAUUAAUUCCCGAUGGAAUGACCGGUGCAGAAUUAGUCGAUUUGUUGUCUCGUUUGACGGUACACAUGGACGAAGAACUACGUGCUUUAGCGUAUCAAAGCUUGCAGACUCUAGUCUUAGAUUUCCCUGAUUGGCGACAAGAUGUCAUACUUGGAUUUACGCAAUUUUUAGCCAGAGAUGUGCAAGACACUUUUCCACAGCUUAUUGAUAACGGUCUGAGGAUGUUGCUACAAUUGCUGACCAGUUGGAAAAAUGCUUUGACGAGUCCUAAUAUAAGAUCUAAGGAACAAUCGGUGGAUAAUACACGAGUGAAUAUACGAGUGGAUGUUGGUAUUAAGAAGUGCGAAACGGGCCAAAAAGUAGAACCUGUGUCGAAUAUAUUCUAUCUGGUGGAAGGAUUCGCCUUGGUUAUGCUCUGCAAUUGUCGGCUUUAUCCUCGACGACUAGCGGUUCAUAUACUUCGAGAAGUCAAACUUUUAUUAAAGACUUUAGGUGGUCCCGAAGAUGAUCAACCUGUUAUCGAUGUGAUUGAUGCAUGUUGUCCUGUCGUCUUGGAAAAAUGUUAUCCUAUGUUGCCGCCAGCUGAGAAAGCAGCCGCUGCAUCUACAUCUAAUGUGGAUUUGCAAUGGAUAGCCGACCGAAGUAGUUGUGUUUGGACAGCUGGAUUCCACGAUGAAAACAGUACCAAGAGUUCUUCCUCGCUUAACCUAAAUGGGGCUGAUCCAUGGGCCAGUUGUCUAUUUGCUUUUUUGGAAAAAGACAGAGUACUCACAUUGUGUCCGAAUGCUGUGGCUCAUUCUUGGCCCAUUGUUUUUACUCGCAUAAAUUCCUUGUUUUCAGUAAUAGAUCCCACACCAGUAAAUGACAACCGAGCUUCUUUAUUGCGAAGUUCGACGACAGUGAGAAAACCAGUAAAUGAGAGAGAUGUCUAUAUGCAUAUCUGGAAAAAUUAUCUGACCUUUGGAUAUAGAGUCGUGCCACCUGUACCGAAUCCAGUCGUUCGAUGCGCCAGUCCGGAUCUUAGUCUCAGUGGUCAGCAUACGGUGGAGUUUGGUGUGUUGUGCAUGAGUAAGGAGUUGAGUCAGAGCCUGGAGAAUCUCGGCGGGGCGCAGACCCUGCCGGGUCGGUUCUCUGUACCGUCCAUUUCCGGCAUCUACACCCGGCAUAAGCGUACCAGCUCCUCGCCGGACAGUUUAUCCGCGGAACGCGGCGAUAAUAAGUCACCGGGUACGAAUGCGAGUCCUGCGGCCCUCUACAAGCUGACCGUACCUCUGUUGAGAUGCGAGGCCGUCGACGUCAGGGAUGCCGCGGUGCAAGCAAUCGGAAAAGUAAAUGCCGACGCUUUAAAAGAUUUGAUGGAAGAACUGGUACCUUAUAUCCGGGAAGCGGUUGAUCGGAAGCAGGAGAAUAUGAGACGACGUAGAAGACGCGACGCUUUGAGAUUGCAGCUAGUAAGAGUACUCGAACUCAUCGCUGAAUAUGGAACAUUCGGUAUUUGCUCAGCGGUAUUAGAUCGCGAGACGCAGUCUUUACAUCCGACAUUCGUCGAGUAUAUAGAUGGUGCACGCAUUUAUUUAGAAAAUGAGACUGACAAGGAAGCACCCGCUGUCCGAGACAUCAAGUUACACUUCUGCAACUUUAUCAGAAAAAUGAUCAAGAGUUUUUCACUGGAGAUAUGUUAUACCUUAUUGAAGAGGGAUUUAAGAAGGAAUCUAUUCAUGCUCUUUGCUAGUUGGGCUGGAGUUUACGGCAGACCGCUUACAAGUACAUCAUCUAUGCAAGAGGAGGAAAAAUCUUGUACAGAAUUGCAACUUUCAGCUUUGCAAGCUAUGAGUGGAUUACUCUGUUGUGGAUCGUGCUUCAAUCCACAGUCGCUUUCAGAAGAAGGUGCAAUUUUAUAUCAAUGGUUAGACUUGUUACUGGCUAGCAAAGAUGAAAAGAUUUAUACACUUGCACGCGAAACUGUUGUAUUAUUGCUCGAGGGAAACCCUGACAUUGGUACACUUUUGGAUUGGAUAGUGGAUCGAUGUUAUACUGGCGCACCACAAGUGGCCGAUGGUUGCUUUCUUGCGUUGGCGACGAUUUUCAGCGCCAGAGAGUAUCCUUGCGAUCAUUACACGAGUGUCAUCAACGUAACGUUAAUGAACACGGGAUGUCCCCGCGCUCCAGUUCACGAUGCGGCACUUCAGCUUCUUCAACUGUUGGAUCAACGCUUCUUUGGAAAUGUAGGACCACUUCCAGCUACGGAACUUGAAGCUGGGCAUAAUGAUCCUCUUGCAAGCUCUGCCGCCACCGUAACUUCCGGGCCGGGUCAACAAAGUAAUCCUGCAGGUGAGAUUUCCUCUGGUGGUACAGUUAGAGGUGGCACAUUGGACGUCCUUUUGUCAACUACUUAUUGCCGCAGCCAAAUGUAUCUUUCGCGUCAAUUGGCUCAGCUGCAUCCGGAACUCACAAUGCCGAUGUUUAGUGAAAUUACACAUCGAUUUCAAACAGCCCGCAGAGAAGUUCGGCAAUUACUACUGCAAUAUUUGUUACCCUGGUUGCAUAAUAUGGAACUUGUUGACCCCAACGUACCGCCGCCGUCUAAUCCGCUGAGUUAUUACCAGUAUUAUACGAGCGAUGUGACACGCGGAGGGACGCGCAGAGAAGGCUGGGGUAGCGCAGAAGCGACGGAGAUGGUACUCAACAAUCUUUUUUACAUCACAGCGAAAUUCUCAGACGAACAUCCUAAAGAGACGGAAGAGCUUUGGGCAACUCUGUGCGGGUGUUGGCCAAAUAAUCUCAAAGUUAUAAUUCGCUAUCUAAUUAUUGUUUCGGGAAUGGCACCUCAGGAGUUGCUCCCAUACGCAAAACGCGUGGUAUUGUAUCUCGCAAGAGCUCGUCCGGAUCGUCUCGUUGAUGAAAUGAUGACAGAAUUGGAAACGGUUGAGACUCUGAAUUGUUUGAUCGAGCGAACGGAAACGCCGCCCUUCUAUCGGCUUACCAGCAUGAGGAAAGCCUCUUCGCACAGCGAUGCGCCUGCCGCCGAUCCUGCCAAUCCUCCCCGUGAUCUCGGCGUCGAGAAGGGUACCAUCCAUACAAAAAGACACUCCGGCGAAGAUCCUGUCAAAACCGGUUCGAAAUCCGAUACCGCGCUCCGAGCUCUCGCGGGGUUUCAAACUCCAAGGGCAGAAAAGACGAGGACUGCGAGCGGUCCACCAGUUCUUCCGGACGAUCUAUCAACUCCGACGACGGAAGCUGAGUUAACUACCGACGAGUCGUGUUACGCCGUUCGUAACGUGCCCGUUGGAGUGAAUGGAAAAAUGCCAUGCGUCGAUGAAAAAUUUGACAUUCCUCAACCACACCCUUUGCCGAUGCCAGAAUACGGCGGGUAUUUCGCUCCUCUAACUGAAUAUCUGCCCGACAGUUCUCAGCCGAUAAGCGGAUUUCACAGAUGUAAUAUCGCUGUAAUGCUACUCACCGACGUAGUCAUUGAUGGGAUCCAACUCGAUUGGGCCAUACACGUCCCUCUGAUGCUGCAUAUCGUCUUUCUUGGUCUGGAUCACUCAAGACCAUUGGUGCGCGAUCAUUGUCGUUGUCUACUUCUGAACCUGUUGGUCGUGCUCGGUGAUCACCGUGAUCAUCUUGGUGUAGCACGUGUGUUACUCGCUUCAAAGACGGAGCAAUUAGGAUUAGGACUGUCCACUCCGGCUUUGCCGGUAUUGGAACACAAUUUUACGGAGAUGGAUCCGGAGUUUGACAGUUAUCUGUACGGUCCUCCCGCAGUCCCACCACCUACAACACCGCCACCCUCAUCUUCUCCACCUCCACCCUCUUCGCCGCCACCUCCGCCACCUCCUCCACCACCUCCGCCGCCACCACCUAUGCCUCCCGAUUCCUCAGCCUCUCCCCCAGCACCUCCGCCACCUCCGCCGCCACCUCCUCCUCCACCGUUACCUACAUCUUCCUCGAUUGCAGAUGGUACGCCUACUCAUUCGUCUUUAUCUAAUUCAACGUCGACGCCACCGAUGUCGAUGAAUCAUAUAAAUCAAUCGACGGAUGAUAGUAAGGAUUAUGGGAAUUCUCAUGCAUAUGAAUCAGCGGUAUGCAACAGUUGGCCGACCUCAAGUAGAACGGCGACAAAUGCAGUACCACCCGUUAUUGUAACGCCAGAAGACACGCAUAAUUGGACCGGUCCUCAGCCAGGUCCCAAUAUGCCUAUACAAGAUGUCAUCAAAUCUCUGAUCAAUUUUCUCGCAUCUAAAACAAACCAACCAUUGUGGAAUUAUGAGGAUAUGACUGCCAAGGUAUGGUGGGUGCGUAGCGCCGAGCAACUUACAAUAUUAUUGCGGCACGUGUUACGUGUAUUCAGAGAUUCCUUGCCUCACGCAUUAGUCAGCCAAAGAUGGGCCCAAACGGCGUUACAGUUAGGCCUUUCCUGUUCAUCCAGACACUACGCAGGAAGAUCUCUACAAGUUUUUCGAGCAUUACGCGUUCCUAUAACAUCCAGAAUGCUGUCUGAUAUCUUAUCUAGAUUGGUGGAGACAGUUGCCGAGCAGGGCGAAGACAUGCAGGGGUAUGUAACAGAGUUGUUGCUAACAUUGGAAGCUGCUGUCGAUUCGCUCGAAUCAGACUUUAGACCACUUGAUUUCAUGAAAGAGAUUUUUAAAUCAACGCCCAACUUGAACAACAAGGACCCAGUGUCGGGAAAUGUAAUUGGGGGAAAACGUAGUCCAGGAGGAGGAAAUGGUUAUCCAACUGGGCCGCACAUAUUCUCUCACUUGAAUCAAGGUGGACAUACAAGAAGCACCAGUUAUUCAGUUAGUUAUUGUAUGAAAAGAUCUAGCGGUGGAAAUUCUGCGGCUAGCGAUAUAAAAGAACUGGAAAACAGAACUGGUGGCAACAAGUAUCCUAACUCGAAUCUCUCUAGAUCAAGAUCGGCACAGUCUUUGAAGCUACUAGGUGAUUCCGCCACGCAGGACGAUAAGAUGACAAUACUGGCGCAACUGUUUUGGCUGUCUGUAUCCCUACUUGAAUCAGAUUACGAACACGAAUUUCUCUUGGCACUGCGGCUCCUUAGUCGUGUUCUACACAGGCUACCGCUUGAUCGACCAGACGCUAGAGAUAAAGUUGAGAAAUUACAGCAACAAUUGCGGUGGACUUCAUUUCCCGGCGUACACGCGCUUUUAUUGAAAGGAUGCACCAGUCCAAAUACGUACGAACCAGUUGUUACGCUGCUGUCUCAAUUUACACCUCUAUUAGAUCUGCCAGUAGUUGACCCUACACAAAGCCUUGCAUUCCCAAUGAAUGUUGUAUCAUUGCUGCCUUACAUGCUGCUGAAUUAUGAAGACGCUAAUGAACUUUGUAUCAGAAGCGCCGAAAAUAUUGCGCAAGUAAGCGCAGAAAAGGGAAAAAAAUUAGAAAACCUUGGUACAGUCAUGACGUUAUACAGUCGACGUACUUUCAGCAAAGAAAGUUUCCAAUGGACGAAAUGCGUAGUGAAAUAUCUCUACGAUUCGUACGCUCAUCUUAGUUUCAACAUGCUUGCUUUUCUUGUAGAGGUAUUAGAAAAAGGUCCAAGCAGCGUGGCGUUGCCGGUACUCAGUAUUAUACAUUGUAUGCUACAUUACGUGGAUUUGGCGUCUCCAGCCGCGCAACCAAUCAAUACAGAACUGUUAAGAGUGAUUUCUAAAUACGUCGAGGGCACUCAGUGGAAAGAAGCGCUGAAAAUUUUGAAGCUUGUAGUGACAAGAUCGUCGACACUCGUAGCGCCGCCUACUUCAAUGCACGGUUCAUCUUGGGAUUCUUCGUUAGCAUCACCACAUCCUAGUUUUACCGACACGGAAAUAUUUACCAAAAAAGAGUUACCGGGAAGAACAAUGGAUUUCACGUUUGAUUUGUCUCAAACACCAGUUAUUGGUCGACGUUGGUUGAUACGUCAAGGUGCUGAAGAAAAAUCAAUUAGUUCUCCACGUUGUUCACUGUCUCUAUCACCGGCUGAUAAUAGUGCCAUCGCCGGCUGGAAGAGACCAUGGAUGUCACAGGGCCGCGUCAGAGAAUGCUUGGUAAAUCUGUUGACAACGUGUGGACAAAGAGUUGGUUUACCAAAGAGUCCGUCGGAUGAGCACAUUAGUUCAAUGACAUUGUAUAGCAAGGUAAAGGGUUACUUUUAAAUGCAAUCUGCACACCCACUGUAAUUUGCAAUAGUACAUGUAUUUGCAGUAUUUUCUAUGACUCAUAUUUUCACGCUUUAAUCAGCUUUAUAAAAAUGUUUUUACUCGUGCACUAUUGCAGGAAUAAA